AUGACCGCUCAGAUCACGGAGCUGCACGAGCGAAAGGAUGUGUCUUCCGGCAUGUCUGGCCUGUUCGGCGGCACCAUGGAUUUCAUCGACUGGGCGGCCCUGUUGCUUCUUCCCGUCCUGCUGGUGGUCGGUAUGCGCAGCGUCGUUCAUGCCCAGAUGGAGUACGCUGACUACACGCGAUUCGACUAUUUUGCGCUGUUCAUCGGCCGCGUUGUCAUGCUGCUGAUCAUCAUCAUGACACUGGUCAUGCUGUACGAGGUAUUCUUGCGCUAUGUCAUUGAAGCACCGACCAAAUGGGCCAACGAACUGACGCUCUGGAUCGCCGGAUUCGUGUUCCUGCUGUCGGGGCUUUACGCGAUGCAGCAGCGUUGUCACAUCCGCAUAUUCAUUCUCUAUGACAUCCUGCCGAGACCGCUGCGCCAUGCCUGCGACAUCAUUUCGGUUGCCCUGAUCUGCCUGUUCGCCUUCCUGCUGGUUUUCGGCAGUUACAAUCAGGUGUUCGGCAUCAAGUUUCAUCGCUGGGAAAUGUUCGGAACAGCGUUUGACCCGCCGAUCCCUGCAACGAUCCAGCCGAUGAUCCUCAUUGUCGUCGUGCUCGUCGCCCUGCAAUCCGUUGCCAAUCUGAUUGCCGACUGGAACAAGCAACCUGCGGAAAUGGAAGAGCCGGAUAUCAUCGACGAAGAAGAGCUGGAAGCAAUCAAGAAAAGCGUGGGUGCGAAAUAA